UUUAGAUUAACCGUCAAAGCAGAGAUGAUUUGGGAAACAACGAAGUCAAAGAAGAUUUGACAUUUGCCGAAUUUUACCUCAAACUAGUCUUUGAAUCUAUAAGAUUUUGGCAAAAUCUAUAUCCAUUUCGAUUUCCCAGUGAACCCAAAAUUAGUGACCGGUAACAAGAGAUGGCGGUAAACCAUGCGGCGGCGGUGAAGGUGGGGUUGGGUUUAUUGGGCCUGUGUUUGUUCGGCUACAUUGUUGGUCCGCCACUGUACUGGCACCUCAUGGAAGGCUUAGCCGCCGUCAGCCGCACCUCCAACACUUGCCCACCUUGCCUCUGUGACUGCUCUUCUCAGCCGCUUCUCACAAUCCCUGAAGGACUGAGUAAUGCUUCCUUAGUAGAUUGUGCGAAGAAUGAUCCGGAGGUGAACGAGGAUGCUGAAAAGAACUUUGCAGAACUUCUGACAGAAGAACUGAAGCUAAGAGAAACUGAAGCUUUGGAAAGUCAGCAACGGGCCGACAUGGCAUUACUAGAGGCUAAGAAGAUAGCAUCACAGUAUCAAAAGGAAGCAGACAAGUGCAGUUCAGGUAUGGAAACAUGUGAAGAAGCAAGGGAGAAAGCCGAAGCAGCACUGGUGGCUCAGAAGAAAUUGACAGUGAUGUGGGAAACAAGAGCUCGUCAAAAAGGGUGGAGAGAAGGGGUUGCUAAAUCUCAUGCAAACUCGCAAGGCAAUGUCCAAGCUGCCUGAAUGAUCCGCAUGGCCUCGUAAAAGAACUAUUAGAAAA